AUGGCAACACAGCGGCUGGCGCUGAAUCUACAGCGUUCCCUUCGAAACCGCAAAGCUCUCGCCUCCAUUCAAUCUCCUCUCAGACGAUACGCAAACCCCAUCACUCCCUCGAGAACCGAGAGCACCACACUUUCCAACGGCUUGACGAUCGCCACCGAACACUCGCCAUGGGCCCAGACCUCGACCGUGGGAAUCUGGAUCGAUGCUGGUAGCAGGGCUGAGACCGAUAAGACCAAUGGAACUGCUCAUUUCCUCGAACAUCUGGCUUUCAAGGGAACUGGCCGACGCGACCAACAUCAACUAGAGCUCGAAAUCGAGAACAUGGGAGGUCACCUGAACGCAUACACUUCUCGUGAAAAUACUGUAUACUACGCCAAAUCCUUCAACUCGGACGUCCCCAAGACCGUCGACAUCCUUGCCGAUAUUCUACAGAACUCCAAGCUCGAUCCCAAAGCUGUCGAACGAGAACGUGAUGUUAUUCUCAGGGAACAAGAGGAAGUUGACAAGCAAUUGGAAGAAGUUGUCUUUGAUCAUUUGCACGCCACCGCCUACCAAGGCCAACCUCUAGGUCGCACUAUCCUCGGACCACGGGAGAACAUUCUCAGCAUUACUCGUGAUGAUUUGGUCGAUUAUAUUAGCACAAACUAUACUGCCGAUCGUAUGGUUCUCGUUGGAGCCGGUGGUGUUCCUCACGAAGAACUCGUCAAAUUGGCCGAGAAACAUCUUGGUGGAUUGAGAUCUGCACCUCCUACCUCGUUCGCCGCCGAAGUGGCCGCUGAACAAAAGCGAAAGCCCGACUUUGUUGGCUCCGAAGUCAGAUUGAGAGACGACACUAUUCCUACAGCUCACAUUGCCAUCGCCGUUGAAGGUGUGAGCUGGAAGGAUCCCGAUUUCUUCACUGCCCUGGUGACCCAAGCCAUCGUUGGUAACUGGGAUCGCGCCAUGGGUAACUCCCCAUAUCUCGGAAGCAAGCUGAGCACAUUUGUUAAUGCCAACAACCUCGCCAACAGCUUUAUGAGCUUUUCCACCAGCUACAGUGAUACCGGUCUCUGGGGUAUUUACCUCAUUACUGAGAACAAGACUCAAAUCGAUGAUCUGGUCCACUUCACACUCCGAGAAUGGUCAAGACUAUCAUUUAACGUCACCGAAGCCGAAGUAGAACGUGCCAAGGCCCAACUCAAAGCCUCCAUUCUUCUAUCCCUCGAUGGCACCACCGCCGUCGCAGAAGAUAUUGGACGACAGAUUGUGACCACCGGACGACGAUCAGACCCCGCCGAGAUCGAGAGAGUCGUCGGUGCCAUCACAGAAAAGGACGUCAUGGCAUUCGCCCAGAAGAAACUUUGGGAUCAAGACAUCGCCAUCUCUGCUGUCGGUUCGAUCGAAGGUCUCCUCGAUUACCAGAGAAUAAGAAGCGACAUGAGCCGAAACACAGCAUAG